UAAAUAAGCAAACUUUGAUUGUGACUCCAGGCAAAUAGAGUCUCUUGUACAUUAAUCCAUUCUAAUAUCAUAUAUUUCCCAUAGUCUCCUAUAUCAAGAGAGCAUUUACUUAUAGAAAAAGAAAUCCACAUAAAUAUUAAAAAAUGAGUAUAGAUAGGUCCAAAGAAUUAUCGGUCAGAAUCACCAAUGCUGAAAGAGAUCGUGUUAACUUUGAGUUGUUCAAUGUUGAUUUAUCAUUAGCCAACUCUAUAAGAAGAGUGAUGAUGGCUGAAGUGCCUACUUUGGCGAUAGAUUUAGUUGAAAUAGAUAUCAAUACCUCAGUCUUGGCUGAUGAAUUCUUAUCCCAUAGAUUGGGUCUUAUACCAUUAAAUAGUGAAGGUAUUGAUAAAUUAGCAUAUUCAAGAGAUUGUGCUUGUGAUAAUUAUUGUGCUAACUGUUCAGUCAAGUUAGAAUUAAAUACUAAGUGUGAUACUGAUUCUACUAUGAGUGUAUAUGCUUCCGAUUUAGCAAAAUUUCAAAAUGGUUUAACUUUAGGUAAUCCAGUUACAAGAGAUGCAGCAAAGAAAGGUCCAUUAAUUUGUAAAUUAAGAAAACAUCAAGAAAUUAAACUUACAUGUAUAGCUAAAAAAGGUAUAUCAAAAGAACAUGUGAAGUGGUCACCAUGUGCUGCUGUCGGAUUUGAAUAUGAUCCUUAUAAUAAAUUAAAACAUACAGAUUAUUGGUUUGAAGAUGAUGCUGAAGAAGAAUGGCCAAAAUCUGCUAAUAGAAGAUUUGAAGAUCCUCCAGAUAAAGAUGCUCCAUUCGAUUAUAAGGCAACAGCUGAUCACUUUUAUUUCGAUACUGAAACUGUCGGUAAUUUACCUCCUAAUGAUGUUGUUCUUACUGCCAUUGAAACUUUACAAAGAAAAGUAGCUGAUAUUCUUGUUGGAUUGAAAGAUGAAAAUGUUGAAACUUCGAAUGCUCAAUCAGGUGGAUUUACUACUUAUGGUAGAACUGAUUAUGAUAAUAAUGGUGGAGAAACUCCUUCAGGAAGUAAAACUCCUUAUGGUGAAUUUGGUGGUGGUUCAGCAUGGAAUUAAAUCUUUUAAGUUCGGUUUAAUUUUUUGUAAUUGUAUAAUUAUUAUGUUAAUAGUCUAUAUUAAAUAUAUUUACGCGU